UUCACAAAAACUCGUGUAACUAAACCCUGUCAAUGCAAGCUCAAACAUUUGCGCAACAGUCUCAUAAACCCUAAAUUAGAACUUGCAACCCCAGUUUUCAAGUAGCUGAGUUCAAUCAUCCAACUCGUUCAUAUUCGCCUACAGUUAACAAAUUCAACAAAAAAUAAUCAAGAAAUUUCUUGGCUUAAAAUUCCCCCAAAUAUGUCAUGCUAUAACAAUGGAGCUCAUUGAAGUUCAACAACCAAUCAAUUAUCAGCGAUGUUAUUUUUUCUUCGCAAUUUCUUUGGCGUUGUUAGUCGCAGAAACUCCCAUUACAAUCGCAUAGGUGCGUCCAUUGUUGCCCCUUUUCCUCAUAAUAACAUGCCUUUAUCCCUCCUCCCCUCGACCCACUUCGUCAUUUUCCCUAUGCAGUGCAAUUUGAUGAUCUGGGUCACCGGGUUUUUGUUUAUAUUCAGACACCCCUUUAGCAGUAAAGUAAAUUCUGAUUGUUUUAACGAACUUUUUGAUAGAGAUUCUAUGAAAAAAAUAGUUCUUGAAGAGAAGUGGAAUGAUGUUAGGAUUGAAAGUUUGUUUAAUUCUGCAUUAGCUCCGGUUUUAGUUUCAAGGGUUUUAGUUUUAUUGAAGGAAGAACCUAGGAUAGUGCUGAAAUUUUUUCGGUGGGCAAAAAUGCGCUUUGGUUUUAGGCAUUCUACCGAAUCUUACUGUAUAGUGAUUCACAUCUUGUUCUAUAGUAGAAUGUACCAUGAUGCUCACCUUUUGUUUAAAGAAAUGAUUAUGUCGUCCUUCAUGUGGCCUGGUUUAGAUUUAUUUGAUGCUUUGUGGUUGACGAGGAAGGUUUGUGUUACGGGUUACGGAGUAUUUGAUGCGUUUUUUAGUGUGUUGAUUGAAUUGGGAAUGCUUGUUGAGGCAAGCCAGUGUUUUGAGAGGAUGAAGAAAUAUAGGGUCCUUCCAAAGGUGCGUUCGUGUAAUAGCCUUCUAAGAAGGCUUUGUGAGUCGGGGAGAGGUGACAUGUCAAGAAAGGUUUUCAGCGAUAUGCUUGGGGUUGGAAUGUCCCCAUCAGUGUUUACCUAUAACAUAAUGAUAUGUGAUAAAUGCAAGGAAAAAGAUAUGGUUGGAGCUAUGGCAUUGUUUAACCAGAUUAAGGAUAGUGGCCUAAUACCAGAUAUUGUUACAUAUAAUACACUGAUUGAUGGGCAUGGAAAGCUUGGCCUUUUAAAUGAAACGAUAAAUAUUUAUGCGGAGAUGAGGAAAGUAGGCUGUAGUCCUGAUAUAAUAACAUAUAAUACUCUGAUUAAUUGUUUCUGUAAAUAUGAAAAGUUGGCUCAAGCUUUUGAAUUUCUUCGUCAGAUGAGAAGUGCUCGUUUGAAGCCUAAUGUUGUAACAUAUAGCACAUUAAUUGAUUCUUUUUGUAAAGAAGGAAUGAUGAGAGAAGCUAUGAAAUUUUUUGUCGACAUGAGACGUCUUGGUCUCUCUCCAAAUGAAUAUACAUAUACUUCUUUGAUUGAUGCAAAUUGUAAAAGUGGAAACCUUGGUGAAGCUUCGAAGAUGGUGAAAGAGAUGUUGGAGGUGGGGCUUGACCUAAAUGUUGUCACUUGUACAGCUCUAAUGGAUGGCCUUUGUGAGAAAGGGAGGAUAGAAGAAGCAGAGGUGUUAUUUGAUACUAUGCAGAAAGCUUGCAUUAUCCCAAACCAGAAAACCUACACUACUUUCAUUCACGGUUGCAUCAAAGCAGGUAAGAUGGAAAGAGCACAAAAGAUCUUAGAAGCAAUAAAAAAGAUAGAGAUAAAGACAGACGAGACUCUUUAUGGCACCCUUAUCUGGGGACUUUGCAACGAAGGAAAAGUUGAAGAAGCUAGAGAUUUAGUGACUGAAAUGAAGCGAAUUGGUCUUGUGGUAAACUGUAUUCUGCUCACAACUCUGAUAGAUGCUUAUUUAAAAGCAGGGAAUGCCAUAGAAGCUCUGAAAAUCUUCCGGGAAAUGCAAGAGUUUGAUAUCAAGCCUACUCUUAUUACAUUCAUUGUGUUGAUUGACGGUCUCUGCAAAUUGGGACUGAUCCAGGAUGCAGUUGAGCAUUUUUCCGGAAUGGGAGCUAUGGGUUUCCCUCCUCAUAUAUCUAUCUAUACGUCUCUGAUUGAUGCUCUUUGUAAAAGUAAUUGCAUGGAAAUGGCAAAAAAGCUUUUUGAUGAAAUGCAAGCCAAGGGGAUAGUUCCAGAUGGACCUGUUUUCACAGCUUUGAUUGAUGGAUACUCAAAACAUGGAAACUUUGAGGAAGUAUUCAACUUAACCAGCAAAAUGACCAGUUCUGGUUUGCAGCUGGAUUUGUAUGCUUAUACUUCUUUGUUACAGGCUUAUUUUAGAGCAGGGAAUGCUGAAAGAGCCCUUUAUCUGUUUCAUGAACUGCAUAACUUGGGAAUCGUUCCAACACUGGUGACUUACACUGUGUUGAUAGACGGUAUGUGUAAAUCUGGAUUGGUUCAGGAAGCAGUCGACCAAUUUCGUACGAUGGAUGGUUCUGGUUUGUCCCCAAAUGUUGUCAUAUAUACAGCUUUAAUUGAUGGUCUUUGUAAAAGCAACUGCUUGGUGAUGGCUAGAGAACUUUUUGAUGAAAUGCAAGCUAAGGGUUUGAUUCCAGAUGUUGCUGCUUUUACAGCUUUGAUCUCUGGCAAUUUGAAGCUUGGUAGCAUUGAGGAAGCAUUUAAGCUAAAGAACGAGAUGAUUGAUAUGGGUUUGGAGCUUGAUUUGCAGGCUUACACUUGUUUGGUUCAGGUGCUUGCUGAUUUUGGUCAACUUGAAGAAGCAAGAAUUUUAUUUGAUCAGAUGAUCAUGAAGGGUAUACGUCCUGACAAAGUGAUUUAUGGGGUACUAGUGAAAAGAUACUGUGACAAUGGAAACGCUGACGAGGCUAUAAAAUUACAAAAUGAAAUGACCAGGAGUGGUCUAUUGACUGGAGAUAAUAAUCUUGUUGCCUAUGGUGCACAAUCACAGUUGUGAUGACGUUAUCCUAGCUUCACCAUUUUUGUGGGAUGUUUUUCCUUGUUUGAAAAUUCCUAAAAUCCCUAGAAUUGCGGUGAAUAAGUCAGGUCGACCAAUAUGUGCUCAUUCAUGGUGCUUCACAUGAACCUUGGAUGCCGAUAAGAUUUCAGAUCUCUUGUUGUUCAUAGAGAAAGUUUCAUGAUUGAGCUGGUUCAAUAUGACAUUGACGAACAACAAGAUUGGUGAUGCAAUUCUCACUUAUGAAGGAGAGGAGCUAGUUCCAAUCAUUUAUGUGCCUAUGGUUAUCUAAUAAGGAUGGUGAUUCGUAACGAAAUCGAUGACAGCUGUGAACUUGACUAGUUUCACCUGCUGUCAGCGCUUAACUUCCAAUUUGGUCGAAGAAGUUGCUGCAGAGUGAUAUGGAAUGACUCAAAUUGACUCAUAUUACUAGUGUUCAAAGGAAAUUUGGCCAUUCAAUCCUUUUAACUUUCAAGUUCCCUUAUGAGCUCUAGGACUGCUAAAAUAUUCUACGCAUACUUGGACAAGAUGUCAAUUAAGGAAAUCAUAUAAGGAGCUUCAAGGCAUAAUAUGAGAUCCUUCCAGAUUAUCAGAGCAGAGACUUGUACUGCUGACGGAGACAGUGAGUUAUUUCCCCGUUGGUAUACCUACGCUGCUCAUCUUUCUUUCCACGCUACAUCCAGGACAAAGUGAUGUGACAUCACUUGCCUAGGUGCUUUCAUUUCAUCCACGUUCAUCGGAGUGCUUUCUGAGCUCACCGAUGAAAGGCUGUGAGAUCGGGUUGGAUGGAUCAGCUGUGGAUUGUGGAAGACAGAAAAUCAAGUACAGAAUUGACAAGUAGAGACUACAGCAAAAUCAAUUGUGUAUGGAUUCUGCCGUUGGCAAGUUCUGAGGAUGUCCUGAUGUGCAUGGCCUUAUUUGUGACCAUGAGCGUCAAUAGCUGCCCAUAGAUCUGAGAAUGUCAUAGUGGCAUUGCUUUAUGUUUCUUUAAGCAUUCAACUGUUAUGUUGCCAUAAAUUUAAAUUAAGAAGGCAUUGUGUCUCAGAUCUCAAUGAAAUGUGUAUGUCUUUAUUGAUUUGCAA